AUGCAUCUUUUAUUCCACGCUAGUAAACCCAAAAAUCUUCGUUAUUUAUUUGUAACGCAUCGUAAUCAUUUAUUAAGUGAAAAAUUAAAUAAUAAUUCGUUGUAUUCAUCAUGGCGCGGUCAACAUACUGCAGCAGAAUCUGAUAAUAGUGAUUCUAAUAAAAAUCGAAAAAAAUCAAGAGUACUAACAGAGCAUGAAAAAUCGAUAAUUGAUUCAAUGAUUAGAGUUGAUCAUGCCGGUGAAGUUGGAGCAGAUUGGAUUUAUAGAGGACAGUUGGCAGUGUUAGGGAAAGAUAAAGCUGUGGGACCUGUGAUCCAG